AUGGCCAAAGUGAAGCAGGUGGGCUUGCUGGCAGCAGGCUGUCAGCCCUGGAAUAAAGAUGUUUGUGCUGCCAGUGGAGAUCGCUUCGCCUACUGUGCCACCUUGGCAAUAUACAUCUACCAGGUGACGUAUGAGUGUGUGCUCUGGUUAGGGCUGGGCAAUAGGGGAAAAAAAAUUAUCACAAUGUAUUUUUUUCAUAUCAGUCGAUAUAGUUAUGUAUCAGGAUAUUAAAAAAUCACCUGUUGAAGUUAAAUGUUCCCUGUUAUGCUGAAAUGAAAGUAACAUGUACUCAACAUAAUUUGCAGUAACUUUACUCUGCUUCAUGUCAGACUUUAAAAAAACAAAAUACCUCCACACCACUGACGUCUUCGUGCCAGUGUUGGCGACGAUAUCGUCAUCUGUUGAGCCUUCAUCGUCAUUUCUGUCGGGGGUUCUGCUCAGCUUCACGUGUUAAAGUGCUAGCUGCAGCCUGCUACUACACAGUUGUUCUCUACUUGGUUCUAAUUCAGCACAUGAUUGGUUCAGCACGGCGCGACCCACAGCAACUCCCCUUUUCAUUGGCUAUUCGUGAAGUCUACCGAAACAUGGCAGAAUGCCGAAAAGAAUAUCGACCUUGUUUAUAUCGAUAUUGAGGGAAAUUUAUUUUUGAUAUAUUUGUCCAGGGCUCGACGGUGCGACCGUUUCACUAGCAUUUGUGACUAAAAAUAGAUUUGUGCGAAUUGUUAAAUGUAUUUAGGGUCACAUGUGCGCAUAAAAUAAUCAGCCAAGGCAACAAAUGUUUUUUCAUGUAAAUACAGCGGUGAAGUUAGUUUUAGGUUGGAUAUCCGACAGACUUUCACCGAGGAUCUACCGAUGUCUUCUCACUCUCCAUAACCGGGAAUAACAACAGCAGCACGGUUAAAUCUACUCGGCACCCUCGCUGUCAACGUCAGAUGUUGAUUAAGGGACCGUCAAUAAAUUACCGGUCGAUGUUCUCUAAAAGGCUGUUUUCCAUCAAUAGCUUCUGUGUCACGUGACCAAUUGACCUAAAAUUGAUUUCAAAUAAUGGUACUUAUGUCGGCCAAUAAGACACAUCUCUUUAUUUCACUAAUUUGUCCUCUAGAAAUUUUUUGUGUUAAAUCUAGAGGCACAUUUUGAACGUUUUCUUCAAUAGAUUCCAUGUCAUGUGACCAAAAGACCUAAAAUUGAUUUCAAAUAAUAGUACUUAUGUCGACGAAUAAGACAAACAUUAUUUGAUCAAUUUUCAUUGUGCCCCUAAAGUUCUUUGUGUGCUCCUUACUUUUUCAACUUUGGAGAACAUGUGAAAAAAGUUAGUGUUAAGCCCUGAUAUCAUUAUCCUUUUAUCGCCCAGCCCUAGAUCUGGUUAACGUGUAAAUGAGGAUGAGUCCUUUUAAUUUAAUUUAAUCAAUUUCAAGUACUCAACAUAAACUCGUAGCUAUAACAAAAAUUAUGUUUAUGAAUCAGUUUCUAUGAAGCUCACUUUAAAUUAAAUCCUCCUUUUUCAAGUCAACUACUCAGAGUUUACGUGACAGUAUUUUUUGCAGCUCAUUCAGAAGCAGUCAGCUAAAGAACCUAGUGCAGAGUUUUAUGAAACUUUUCAAAACAUGUAAAAACAAACAAUUUAAUUAAUUUUAUAGAUAGACAAAAUGUUAAAAGGACAAAAACACGAAUCUGUUUUCUCCUGAGUCCAAAAAACAUUAAACAGGUUAUAAUAAUGAUUACAGGCCUUCAGGGACUCAACCCAUUAGUACAAUCAAAAUUAAUAAUAAUGUCUUUUCUCGUUUUCAAAAUGUGAUUUGUUGGGUUUCCACUCUCUCUCUCUCUAUCUCUCUCUCUUUCUGCCGCUUUUUGCAGUUGGAUCAGCAGUACAACGAAUUCAAGCUGCGCUCCAUCAUGUCCGAACACAAAAAGACCAUCACCGCCAUCAGCUGGUGUCCUGACAACCCGGACCUGUUCGCGUCGGCGUCUGCUGAUAACCUCCUCAUCGUGUGGAACGUAGCCGAACAAAAAGCCGUGGCUCGACUUGACAACACUAAAGGUGAAUGAGUAAUUUACACCUGAGUUUAUCUGCACACUGGAGGUCAAAGGUCAAAUGAUUGUUUUGUCACCUGCUAUAAUUAAGCGCCACUGCACCCCCCUCCAUCUAGGAGUCCCUACGUCAGUCAGCUGGUGCUGGAACUCGGCUGAUGGAGUGGCCUUUGUCUCCCAGCGUGGACCGCUCUACAUCUGGGCGUAUGGAGGUCCUGACCCCGGGGUCACCGUGCACAAAGAAGCCCACUCCUUCCUGUCGGAUAUCUGCCUCUUUAGAUGGCAUCCCACCAAGAAAGGCAAACUGGUGUUUGGACACACAGACGGGAGUUUGUCAAUUUUUCAGCCAGGUAGGUCGAUGAUGUCUCUACGCUCCAGAACUUCAGGAUUACACUCAAUGAACUCAUUGAAUAGAGUCAUGUUAAAUGACAAUAAAUAGAUGAAUAAAGAGACUGACUUUGUUUACAACUCUGACACAAACACUCUUGUGUGGUCAUCUUUAGUUUAGGGAUGCUCCGUCAUUAGCCGCUGAACUGAUUGGACAGUCUAGUGUGCUGCAUGAGACAAUUUUAGAAUAAGAAUAACUUUAUUCAUCCCUGAAGGGAAAUCCAUGAUAAUUAUGAUUAAAAUUAUUAUUAUGAUGAGGGCGGCACAGUGGUGUAAUGGUUAGCACCGUCACCUGACAGAAAGAAGGUCCUGGGUUUGAAUCUGGGGGUCAAGGCUUUCUGUGUGGAGUUUGUUCUCCCCGUGUCUGUGUAGCCUGGCUGGGCCAUCCAGUUGCGUGAAUCACUUGCCGUUCCUUCCCACAACAGUCUGGACUUCGGCCAAUUGGGAGCCCUAAAAGUGGGCGGGAGUACUUUCCUUGAUAGACAGACUACUGUAACCAAUCACCGUAACCAAACAUCUGACGUCAUCACAGUGCGCAACUGUGUUCCCUGCUGGGCUCUCAAGCAUCAAGUAAAGGUUUGGUAAUAUUUCAACGUGUGCGAGCAAACAAUGUCUUUUACGUCUUCUUCUGCGGAUAUAAACGAUUUCUGCCGACUUUGCAGAGUCAACUGCAGAAUUAACGGCGUUCUGAAUGGACGGCACUUUGAAAAGUCCCGCAGCAUGUGUUAGACGUCACCAUCUACACAUGGACCAAUCAGGGGCUGCCUUUCCCUGUUGUCCGGGGAACAGUGGAAACAAAGUCACUGAUUGGUCAGGUUAUUUUCUGAUUUCUAAUACACGCUCCCAAUUGGCCGAAGUCCAGACUGUUGUGGGAAGGAACGGCAAGUGAGUCACGCAACUGGAGGCCCAGCCAGGCUAGUGUCUGUGUGGAUUCACUCUGGGUACUCUGGUUUCCUCCUACAUCCCAAAAACAAGCACAAGUGUCACAGUGUCACUUCAAAAUUGCCCGUAGGUGUGAAAGUGAUCAUCAGUUAAUGAUUUAAAAUUUAGUUUAAAGCGAAGCUAAAAAGGUACAUUUUAAGUUAUUUUCUGAACUUUACUGUGAUUUCUUUAUCCGUAGCUACAAAAACACCUGAGUGCAGGGAAAACCAUUUUAAACCAACACAGCCUGACAUACACAGGAUUUCAUUUAUGAACUGAGAGUUUGAACAACAAGUCUUUAAAUCUUCUCUACCUACAGAGCAUUUUAAGAUUUUUGUGACUGUAUUACACAAAGCUGAUCCUGACUCACAUUAAAUUCUAAAUCGAACUAAAAUGAAAAAGUACUGUAAGUAAACCUGCUCCUCUUUUACAGCCUUAAACAGAUAAAUCUUCAUUAAUCCGUGUGUCUUCUCUUGUUCAGGGAGUAAAAGCCAAAAGCACGUGCUGCGUCCAGAGUCUUUAGAGGGGACGGAUGAAGAGGACCCCGUCAGCGCACUGGAGUGGGACCUUCUAUCAACGGACUAUUUACUAGGUUGGUCAAGAUAUUCCCAGCAUUACCUGGAGUGUUUAAGCUUGAAGUGAUCGAACUAAAAAAUGUUUAAAGACAGAGAGACUCAUCUCCUUCUGUUUCAAUUACAGUGUCAAAUCUCCAUAAUGGUAUCCGGCUGGUGGACAGCGAGGCGCUGGCUUGUAUCACGUCCUUCUGUUUCCCCUCAGCUGCCGCUUCAGUUCAGUGUCUGGCCUGGGUUCCCUCUGCACCGGGCAUGUUCAUCACUGGAGGUGACGAGUGUUUGUGUAUAUCUGUUUGGGACGUGUCUAUGACCUGGGUUGGCCUCUGCCUUUGUGUGUUCACUGCUACAGGUUGAACUUGCUUUACAGCCUCCCACACACCGAGCAGCUGGUAUGUGGGAUAUGUUGUUUUCACAGGCCCAUCUGUCUAUGCAGAGACGCACUCUAACUGGAAUAUUAAUGAGCAUGCUUGGUUCCUUCAAAACAGAAUAAUCCUGUUUGUACUGAAGGACUGAGAUAACGGAUGGAGUGUAAUUGAUUUAUAAUCUCUCUGUACAGAUUCUUCAUAAGAAUGUAAAAUCUAUACAAACAGGGCUGAACUCUUGUCCUGUCUUAGUGCGUAACUUGGGCAGAUGUAACCGAUCCUAUAUCAGCAACUAGAUCAAAACUUUGACAUGAGAGUUUCCUGGUAUCCUGAUUCGCCUCACUUAUACAGUAUGUUCCAGGUGAGGCUGAGGCGAAAAUACAAAGUGAUUUUAUUUCAUGUUUAACUUGCUGCACCCAAUCCACAGUCCCUUAUCAGAUUUUUUAAAUGCACUUGUAUAUUUGCAGAUACAUUAAUCAUGAGACAUUAAUUCAUAAGGUAUUCAAAGCAGAUGCCAUGCAUGCAUGUUUUUUACCAUGGCUAAUUUGCAACCCCUGCCCCUCGACAGACAUCUAUAAUUAAAAACAGAAAUAACAGAGCGCUGAGUGUAAACACUUGAAUCAUUAAAAACAGGUAACAGGAUCAGCGUGUGCAAUAAAAUGUACUACAUCUACAAAGAUGGAGACCAGCAAAGAGACAGAAAACAGCUGAGUCAUGAGAACAUUUUUAAUAAACAUGUUUGAAUCUGAUCUACACUUAGAAAAAUAAAUCAUGGCAUAGUUUAUUUUUAAGUAUUUACAUCAAGUUGAUUUUAUUUUCAUGUUUAUUUUUUCACAAUUUAUUUAUUCAAGUUUCAUAAAUUCAGAAAAAAUCUGUUAUGUGUGAAAACAAUUCAAUCAAAUUAGUUAAAGCAUAUGAAUAUAGUUAUAUAUACUUUUAUAUAUACUUAUAUAUUUCAUGUUUUUAUUUUGGUCUCAUUUUAUGUUGCAUAGUUCUUGUAUCGUCUUGUUUUCCAUAUGAAAGUGUCCUUCAGUUCUGAGGUUUUAACUGAGCUUUUUGUUUUUUAUUUCCGUGUUCUGAUGUUCUGUGCUUUAUGACCAUUUGUCGAAGCACCUCGUAAACCUCUAAAAAUGCUAUAAAAACAACUUUAUUAUUAAAUAGAUAUGAGGAGCUGUGGAUCAACCAAGACUCAUUUAGUUAAGAUUUAUGAGACAAAACAAAUUGGAUUUAUCAAUGAUGAAUUCAUAAAUCUUAAUUCUUUCUUUAAAACACAUUAGGUUUAUUGGUAUUAUAACAUAAAUCUAAUUCUUAAUUGUUUUAUUUCCAUUUGAAUGACAAAUAUGCAGCACAUAAAGUUUAUUAGCCUGUUUAAGUUAAAUCCAAGUAAUUCAAAUGGACGUAAAUUUUAUAUGCGUUUGGCCUGAAUAUUUCUGUGAGUGUAUGAAUUUGAACUGUUUUGAGUGUUCACUGAAUUGCUUCUGUAUCUAAAUGUGGAUAGAAAACCUUUAGGUCUGUCAGUGUCUUUGAAUACAGGUGGUAAUGUACUCCAUAAUUCUGUACUUCUGACCGUGAAGGAUGAUUGACUGAAUGAAGGUUACUCUUCACUUUGCAGCCAAACGGUUUCCUUUCUCUUUACCUUCAGUUCACAUUUCACUGCUUUGUUUUUUUAACUGUCUACUUUAAGUUGGUGACCAUAGACUGUAUAUACUAUGGACAACUUGGUUCCGCCUUCCGCUAGUUUACGGAUUUAAGGCCAAAAAGCUCUCUGUAUUUCUGGGUUUUUCUCCACUUCCUGGAAACAACAUUGCACAGCAGCGUUGUACGCAUUCGGCGGGAGAGUCGCUGUGAUGACGCUCGGCUCAAACAGCGAAUUCCUCAGUUGAGCUACACAAUCUUCGUACACCAAUAGGCUGUAUCAAGUAUUAAUUUCUCAAGUUUGUCCACAGCUCUAUAAGCUUUGCUGGAGGAGGUGGGAUUUAUGACCUAUACUGCAGCCCGUCACCAGAGGGUGCUGUUCUCAUGGUGGCUUCACCCAGCGAGGAGGCAGGCAGCGUCCAUUUUAUAUACAGUCUAUGGUUUCCAACACUUGAAAUCACAUCAGUGCAGCUAACACGUGUAAUCUGUCAUUGUGUGUCCAUAUUAAUAUUUACAUUUGCACUGUUUGAUUGAAUCGUCUCUGAUUCUUCUGAUCAGACUCACAGGUUGGAGUGUUGAGGGUCUGGAACGUGUCUCGCUCGACUCCCCUGGACAGUUUUAAACUGAAAAAGACCGGAUUUCACGCUUUGCAUGUCCUCAACUCUCCUCCAGCCAAGAAAGGUAAAGAUUUUCAUCAAACACAACAGCUAAAUACAUCUCAAGGACACCUGAGUGUGCGGAGUGUGUGUGUGUCUCAACCACAAACCCACACAGACGAGAAUUAAAAGGAUCACUUGAGUGACUUUGCUGCAAACAAAGAAACAAUAAUAGACAGAAAAAGAUUCACUCUUGAAUUAAGCAGCUUCAAAGGUCACAGUGCAGUAUCAGACUAGUCAUGUUGUAUUAAUCCUUUAGUCUAUGAAAAAUGUGAUAUAAGUGUAUAAAAUUAUGUUGAAUUAAUGCAAAUUCAAAGCAUGUCCACCACUAGACAAGAAAUAAAGGCAAAGAAAAGGAGAAUUAGGUGCAUCAGUAAUAACAGUUUCAUGUCAUUUAGAAGUUUGAACAAAAACUGGGUUACUGACACCUUUGAAGACGUGUUCGCAUUAUGUUUGUAGUAUUUGUUUCUAAUACUGUGAAUCUUAUCCUGCUGCAAUGACAGGAUGCUGCGGGGUUAAUGCACUACUUGUUACAUGCUGUGUCCUAUUGUAUGCAAGUUGUUGUGUUGGCAAUUUAGCAGUGAAAAAAAGGGGUAGUUUUGUCCGACAAAAAUGAUUCCAGAGAGUGUAGUUCAACGCGUGAUUCGUUCACCAAGUGAUUCAGAAGUCGGUGCAUGUGGUCCUUCGUUCGCCGACUGCUCGCCUGGUAAUGCUGUUUCUCACUUCUGCUUAACUGAACGAAUCACUCGAGGAAGUGAUUCGGUUCAGUAUGUUCACUGAAAAGAUUUGGUUCUUGUGAACGAAUCGUUCGCCAAUGACACAGAACUAGUUACAUUGGAGUCUUUAGUUUGUGUAGCUUAGCUGUUCCCAAAAUAAACCUCGCUCAUUCUGACGGUUGAGAACUGUGAGAUCGAUCUUUUUUCAAGAUUUUUUGAAUAACUCACCUGCUACUUUCUCCUUUUUUUCCUCUUCGCAGCUCAGAGUUCCUGUUCUCCAAGUAAAAGUCAGCACACCAGUUCCACCAGUGAAGCUGUUCCUCCCCCGACCCUUUCACAGAACCGGUCCUUCUCUCUGCCUCCGGGCCACGCCGUGUGCUGUUUCAUGGAUGGAGGGGUUGGACUCUAUGACAUGGGGGCCAAGAAGUGGGACUUCUUGCGAGAUUUGGUAUUUUGUCACAUCUUUGUUUAAAUCAGAAGCAUAGACGCACUAACCCCUGACUGAAUCAACAUGUUCUCACUCUUUUUAAAAUAUUUUUUCAGGGUCACGUUGAGACGAUUUUUGAUUGCAAAUUCAAACCCGAUGAUCCCAACCUGCUGGCCACUGCAAGUUUUGAUGGAACCAUCAAAAUCUGGGAUACAAACACACUGACAGCUGUUUACACCUCCCCUGGCAAUGAGGGCGUGGUCUACUCUCUGUCUUGGGCUCCAGGUAAAUUGUUUCCCCCUCGACACAUCUGAACAUGCACAGUAUAAGCACGCACACAUCCUUACAACCCUAUCAGGCUUCUCAGUUUUCUUUUGCACAGUGAGUCAUUUUUGGUUCAGUGUUUGGUGAAUACUUUAAGGGCUUUCAGACCUACAGUACACUGUUUUGUCUGGACUUUCAGACUUUUCUGCUUGAUCAGAACCAGAAUGAUCGAUGAGAUAAGAUUUUUAAUAAGAUAUUUUACUCGGUCCAUCAUGUGAGGUACUUGAUCAGUAAUAAAGACAGAGGAGAAAUCCAGCUUCUGAUCGUUUUUGACAUGCACAAUUGUUUUCACUCGCGUUUAACCAUUUACCUGAUAUCAUGCUGCACCAUAACGAGAGCGAAUUCAGUUGUUUUGUUGAAAAGAAUAAAUAAAUUAUCUUAUGUUUUCGGUAGCGUUGGUUGGUUUGUUUGUCUGUUAGCAACUUUACGGAGAAAGUUACAGACGGAUUGACCUGAAAUUUUCACCAGAGGUGCGUCUCAGCCCCAGGAGGAUCCCAUUACAUUUUGGUGGUGAUCCAGAUCCCCUUCUGGAUCCAGGAAUUUUUGGAAGGAUUCUUUAUCAUUGUGAGAUAGGGCACAUUUUGGAACUUUUGCAUUUAACUCUAUAAAAAUGUCCAGAGUCUGUAGUAAAAAAAAUUACACAAAAGGAUUUUAAUGAGUUUUAUGAGGUGUCAAAGGUUGAUCCUGAUCCAGACAAAAUUCUGGAUACUGUGAUCCAGAACACACAAAAAUAAGGGUGUCGUUGGAAUUUUCAAUACUGAAAGAUAACCAAUGGGCGGCACAGUGGUGUAGAUUGGUGGUACAGUGGUGUAGUGGUUAGCACUGUCACCUCACAGCCACAAGGUCCUGGGUUUGAAUCCGGGUCAGGGCAUUUCUUGUUUUAGGAACAUUAUGAACAGUGAACGUACCAGUUUAAACACAAAUAAAAGUUCAUAAAAGACACGAAACAGUAAAAGUUUUGGUGUGAAUCACAAUAUAAGGGGGGACAUGAGCUGCUUGGCAGAGGUCUGCGCUCUCCGAGUGCUUUUCUAGUUGGUAGUGUUAUUGGGUCUGCAUUUUGGUCAGGGGCUCAAUAAAUGUCCUCAAAUGUUGGAUGAUACUAUUAAAAAAAUAAAGGUUGCUUUAACAGAUUUAUUGAAGUUUGAGGAUGAGUGGUCUUCAUUUUGUUUUUGUUGUGUAUGUUUGUUUAUUCUUGUUUUUGGAUCAUAUGUGUUCUGUGUAAUUACCACCUGUUCACUAUAAACUCUGUUUCUAAAACAAACUGAGGGGUUUAAGGAAAAGUUUCCCAAUAUUAGAAAGGUUUCUUUCCGAGCCAUCACUGGAUUCAGAAAAAAAAGACUCAUUUUAUUAUGUCAUACAAAACUCUAAAUCCACUGUAGUUGAUUAAAUGUACUGAAACAUACAUGAACAUCUGUAAAGACAAUUUUAAUGUCAUGUUAAAAGACGUAAAAUCCUUCUACUUCUAUUCCAGUAUAAACCUCUAACACAAGGAUAAUAAGUUUAUCUUUAAAAAGUUGUUACUGUGUUUUGAAGGAGACCUGAACUGCAUCGCCGGGGCAACAUCUCGAAACGGAGCGUUCAUCUGGGACGUCAGGAAAGGAAAGAUCAUCACCCGCUUUAAUGAGGUGACUUUUACUUUUUUGCAUUAAAACUGAGGCGUCAGUAAUGCAUCAGUAAUAACCGUGACGGUCCAUUCAUUUUCUUUGUUGAAAAUCAUCACUGUAUUAACUCACUGAGGUCGAGAGUGCAGUUCAGUGAUCAGGUAACAACCACUGAAUGGAGAGCCCCCUGCUGGUGUGCUUAGUUAUAUUUUAGAUUUGACACCCCCUAGCCCCUGAUGGAAUACCAAGUGACUGUUCGUUAGCAUCAAGCCUCAGCGUAAACUCUAACCAUAACCAGUUUGGUAACAGUCAUGUCUACUUUGUUAUUCUCCAGCAUGGUAAGAACGGAAUAUUUUGCAUAUCAUGGAGCCAUAAGGACUCAAAGAGGAUUGCAACGUGUAGUGGAGAUGGAUUCUGGUGAGUUUGCAUCUUCCUUGUUGCUCUCUAUGUGAAAGAUAAAAACAGGUUUCUAAACGCUUUCCUCUCUGAACACAGUAUCAUCCGGACCAUCGACGGGAAAAUCCUCCACAAAUACAAACAUCCUGCUGCUGUGUUUGGAUGUGACUGGAGCCAGAACAACAAGUGAGACCUCUAAUAUCAGACACUCAUCCUCAGCUGCCAUGUUAAUCUUUGAGUUAAAGAUGCUUUUUGGGAUGUACUGAUUAGAAAGUCACUGUUCUUGUUAAAGAUAAAAAAGCAGAUUUGAGGCGGAAAAUCAAGAGUAAGGAAAGUUCAAUGAUUUGGUGUUAGUAUACUGUGAAUCCUCAAAUGAAGACCUGGGACUGGGAUCACAUCCUUUCCAAGAGAAUAUUUAGAGUUUUCGUUUUUGGUUGAGAUGCUUUUAUAAUCCUGUCAUUGAGAACAACUUUUCAAGUAAGUUCACACCAAUCAUAAAACAUCCAUAAUGACCAGAAAGACAUUUGUCUUAGCCCCGUAACGGAGACUAGUUUCAUAAAUACUUUAUCUGUGAGUAGAUUUUGGUGGAUUGGGUGUUUUCAGAACAUGUCUUAGUUGGUCAUUUGCACAUUUUGUUUGUCUCUUAUUUGUCGUUUUUACUUGUAAAUUGUCUUUUUUGUGAAUCAGGUCCUCACUUUGUCCUGAAAAAUGAACAAGUUUUCAGAUGAAGAGUUUGAAAUAAAAGCCUGUUUCAUAUAACAGCUUGGUUCCUCCUGCGGUAAAAACAUUUAUAGAAUCAGAUUUAUAUUUGAUGAUUUAUGGUUUAUUACGUUUUUUAUUUAGUCUUUUCUUCUUUAGUCUUCUCUGCAGGAGCCUCAUUUGUCAAUAAAACGGUCGACCAGGAUGUUAUAACUUCCUUGUCAGCACUAAAUGACCAGUUCAAUCUAAACCUCUCAGAACAUAAAUGAUAAACUGCAACCAAUCUUCUCCGGAAGCUUCAGAUGUUUUGGUUUCACUUUCUGACAGGCGUCUGUGUCGUCUUACAGUCUUUGAUUGUCGUCUUACACACUUUCUCUCUUGGUGUCUGUCUUUGCAGAGACAUGAUAGCGACAGGCUGUGAGGAUAAAAACGUCCGUGUUUACUACCUGGCCACCAGCUCCGAUCAGCCUUUGAAGGUCUUCACGGGACAUUUAGCCAAAGUUUUCCACGUCCGCUGGUCUCCGCUCAGAGAGGGAAUACUGUGCUCCGGAUCAGAUGAUGGGUAAGUAGAGCACUAAAAUCAUUAUUAAAGUUUUUCUCACAGGGGCUUUAAAAGAUUUUAAGACCGGAAAUAUUUGGUAAAAUUAGAUAUCACACAUGUUGUAGUCGUAUAAGUGAAGAUUUCGCAUCAUACACUACGUGGUGAUGCUGAAGGUUUUGACAUAUAAAGAAACUAAACGUCUCGUUUGUUUGUGUCCAUGCAGCACCGUUCGUAUUUGGGACUACACACAGGACGCCUGUAUCAACGUGCUGAGUGGACACACCGCUCCGGUCAGAGGGCUGAUGUGGAACACAGAGGUUCCUUACCUUCUCAUUUCAGGUAUUUCAGGACAAAAAAAAAAAGAUCAAACCUUUUUUUUACUCUUACUGUUUGGAUCAUAAUGUCCUUGUGUGUUUGUGCUCAAAACAUUUGAUCAACAAAAAGAAAAUAAAGACUUCUCCGUAAAAUUUUUGUCAAGGAAAUCCAAAAUAAUCCAAAUCCAAAAUAAAGUUACUCUUUUUUAAUGACCUGUAUUUCCACUGUCAGCUUAAUAUCGGUCUUUAGAGACAUCUGGUGGAGACUCAAAGAAACUAUGUCUCUAAGUUUUCAUGACACCCUGCAUAUGUGUAGAGGCAGUAAUUGAACUGAAUAUAUGUUUUGCCAGACGAGAUAGUGAUUACUUUAAUGUCUUCCGAUUGCCGUGUUGUUGAAAUGUGCUGCCUAAAUAAACUUGCCUUGAAUAGCCUGGAAACGUGCGAUGCACUGCUCUGAAGGUCGUAUUUGAACUGUUUGUGUUGUGAUCUUGCAGGUUCUUGGGAUUAUACAAUCAGAGUGUGGGACACAAGAGACGGCACAUGUCUGGACUCCGUCUACGACCACGGAGCCGACGUCUACGGUGAGACUGAAACCACCGGACGAUCAGCCUACAAAAGAAAUUCAGAUUGUUUUCAAUAUGAGCCUAAAUUAGACAUUUUUAGCUUCAAAGUAGAAAGUGUACAAGAGUAGAUUAGGUAAAUAUAAGAGAGGUUUGUUUUUAACUCCUCACUCAUGCUGUAGCUACAACAAAAAACAAGAACAUACAGCGAUAUGAUACAAUAAAAUAAAGAUCAACAUGAAACACCUUUUUAAAAUCUUUUACCUGCCCUUAUUUUAAAGUUUUAUAAACACAGGAAUAAAUGAAUAUUUUACUCUGUUAUAUUUGUAUUGGAGAACUUUAAACCUGCUACCAGGGAGCAGCAGCUCAUACUCGCAGGGAUGUGGAUCUUAUUAUCCUAUAUGGCCAUGCUGCAUGCAAAAUCAGUUGUGUUAGAGAGCAGUUAUCUAUGCAGAGUAUUUACUCAGGGCCUCCAGUGAAAGACUGCAGUGACCAGUAAUAGUACUUUAAACAGACAAGCUAAAUUCAAACUUUUUCACAUUUGUGCAGCAGACACAGACGUACUCCACUGUUCCUUCAAAACAUGCGUUUACUAACCGUGUUUGCGUGCACACAGGGUUAACGUGUCAUCAGAGCCGUCCGUUCACCAUGGCCAGCUGCAGCAGAGACAGCACCGUCAGGCUGUGGUCGUUAACGCCGCUCAUCUCUCCGCUGCUGCUCAACAUCCUUACAGACCAGCCAUGGGAAAAAAUCAUCGGAAACACAGGUUAGAGUCCUCGUCUGUUUUGUUGUGUGAGGUAUUUGAUAUAGAGCUACCAAACCUCUUUAACAUGCUGCUUGUGUCUCCGCAGACACAGCGAUGGUUCCCGGCUCGCCUCCUCUGCUCUGCGGUAAAGUUUCCCGAGACAUCAAGCAGGAGUUGGAUAAACUGAGCGUGGACAUCAGGGCCAAGAAGCUGCGCUGGUUCUCUGAAUGUUUCUCGGUAAAGAUACUCAGAGUCUGAUUCACGAAAACAUUGUGUGUUAAAUCUGAGGUAAACUGGUCAGACGUGUCACCAUUCCUCUCUGCUCAUAAUCUGCAUGUGUGCGGAUUUGACCUCUAUCAGGAUGUGAGUGCACAGCUCAGCUCUGUGCUGCAGAAUGAAGGUGCUGACAGAUACUAUAGAUACUAUGAAGAUACUAUAUUCAUUCUGCCUGUAACUAUAACAGUUUAGUGUUUAAAUAAAUGUUGUAGAUUUAAGUUUCACCUCCUAACAGACUCCACUUAGGGAAUUAAAAGCACAUAAGGUUCAACAGGCUACGGCAGCAUGCAAAAAAGAGCAUUAAGUGCAGAGUUCUUUUUUUUUUUCUGUCAUAAAGUUGUUUUCAAAUGUUGGUUUUGUUGGACAUGUUUGCAUGCUCUCUGUCCUCUCCAGCCUCCAGGGGGCAGCAGUAACUUGUGGGACCUGGUGUCAGUUGUGAACGGACAGGACGACUCUCUGCUACCUUCCAGCUACAGCAAAGGAGUGAUGCACAUGAAACACCUGCUCAAGUUCAAAACAGUGAGUCACGUCAGACACUCAAACAGAACACACUGCAAAAGACGAUUUCAUUAAACUCAUUUCUGAUUGUUCACUGUUAUAUUUGCCUGUCAUUUCUCUUCAGUCUGAAGCCCAGGAGCUCACUAUAGUGAAGAUGUCCAAGUUUGGAGGAGGAAUCGGCGCCCCGAGUAAAGAGGAGAGGCUGAAGGAAGCCGCAGACAUCCACCUGAGGCUGGGACAGAUUCAGAGAUACUGUGAACUAAUGGUGGAGCUGGGACAGGUACUACAGACAGUGUAUGCAUUUAUUACAGUGGAUUUUAAAGAGUUUAAUUUCACUUUUCCUCUUCAGUAUUUGAAAUUUAAAAACCUUUCUCUGUCUGAAACUUUGGGGGGAAACACUUCAGCAUGUUUUCAAGUCCUGAAUAAGUUAUGUAGUUUAGUAGUUAAGUUUCAGCUUUUGGAUUUCUCUUUCUAUCUCCUGGCGGUGUUAGAACAGCAGACAGCAGAAAUACAUCAUAAAAAGACAGAAAAUUUACAAUAACUGUGUUUACACGGGCACAAAUAAUCGGAAUAAAUGCCCGAUCGGGAUAAAAAUGCGUCAUGUAAACAUGUCGAUCGGAAGAUUCUGAUCCAAUUCGGCUCAAUUGGAAAGAAAUUGCUGUCUGAUCGAAAGGGGUGGUUUAUUUCGAUCGUUAUUCCGAAAUGCGUCCAUGUAAACACUUAUUCUGAGUGAUUAUUCUGACUCUCUAACCUGACUCGGUCUUCACUCUUUAGCUUUUCGCUCAUUUAUUGAGAUCAAUUCAGGAGGUUUCAUCAUGAACACAGACAUAAAACACAACCGCUGGAGCCGUGUCUGCUCCUCCAGUAACAGAAGAAGGCGUACAUACAGCGUAGUGAUGUCAAAUCUACACGCUCGGUGCAACCUUUGACAGAACAGUAAAAUGAGUACACAAGGGCGCCAUCUAGUGACAACAUUUAACAGAGAGAAAAACUCCUGAAUUGGAUGAAGUGAACCACCACCGUGUUUGUUGGUUUGUUGACAGCACAGGCGUAAAUAUAACUCUUCUUCUUCAGUUGUUUUAGCAAAAUUCAUUUAGCAAAUGCUUCUAAUCUGAAUGAAGUUCGGUGCAUGUUUACACACGUCAUGGAUCAAGAAAUUUUGCCCAUGGAAAUGUUGGUAAUGUGACUGAGUCUGAUGCAGAGUGAACAUUAAUUUUGCUCUUUUGCAGUGGGAGAAAGCUUUAUCCGUCGCACCAGGAGUCUCUAUGAAAUACUGGAGGAAGCUCAUGCAAAGGUACGCCAUCGCUGACUUUGUUGUUGUAAUUUUUAUAAAACACUUAAAGAAAUAUGUAAAUUUGACUGUCAGUAGUCAGAGGACAAGAUGAGCAACGAUUUUCUGGGGAAACAGUAGAUUUCUACUCUAAACUCCAACAUUCAGAUCAUGUCAAAACUAACCAGGAAAGUGUCGAGGGUGAGCUGUAGCACCAGCAGCUCAAUAUCAGUCAAUGAAACACUGAAAAGAUGUCCUCAUCCAUUCGUUCAUCUGCAUUUUGCAGUUUUAUAUGUUGCACGUUUGCAGCCCUGCUAACUGAAAUAAAACUGAACACUUGGAAAGCCGACAUCUUCUGUGAAGGAGCUCUCAAAAGACAUCUCCUUCAGAAUAUUUCAAGUGUUUAAUUCAAAUGUUCCCUUUUUUGCAGGAGAGCUGACCAGCUGAUGGCUGAAGACAACGAUGACGCUAUCCCAUACUGCAUCGCUACAGGAGAUAUCAAAAAACUUGUAACCUUCUUCACGGGCAGAGGACAGCUGCUGGAGGCCUUAAUAGUAGCACAGGUAAACAAAGGACAGGUGACAGGAGUUCUAAUGUUAAAGGUUAAAGAGAAGGAAACAUUUGAGGCUCAGAAACGAUUGACAGUGAUCUGUCUUUUCAGGGAGCCUGUGAGGGGAACAUCCGAGCACCUCAGAGCUCUGCGGUCAACCACACAACGAACGAUAUGGAUAACAGACAGCAGUACCAAAGGUGAAGCACAAACACGCACACACCAAUCGGAGGAAACUUGAAAAAUGUCUUCAUAGCUGAUUUUGUCUCUGCUGUUUUCUGUCCAGCCUCCUUCAUAAGGUUUGUAAGGAGCUGGCAGAGUGGUACUUUCAGGACGGAUGCUCGGUCCUGGCUGCGUGCUGCCAUCUAGCUGUGGACAACGUGAAGGUACAUCAAACAUGCUGCCUCAUGUUUAAUGUGAUUUUUAGGAAUAGUCACAUCAGCAGUCUGUGAAUUAUCAUGUUUGGGAUGAUGUUUGGAAGGCAGGUAGAUCCGACUAAGACCCUGACUAACUCCAGCUUUGUGUUGAUUUUUAUGUGCAUCAUUUAGUCCUGAUCGUUUACACAAACACAACAAAAACCCGUGAAGAUGUGGCUGAAAUGUGUGCUGUGUUUUCAGUUAGCCAUGUCCAGUCUUAUCAGAGGAAACGAGCUGGAGAUGGCUGCAUGUGUGGGCCUCGUCCUGGGAGAACCAGCCAAUCAGAGCACAGCUUACUGCCUUGAACUUUUGGCGAGGAAAUACAUGAGCCCACCUACAUGGUAUGUUCACAUUCGUCUAUGUCCAAUUAAAGUCUAACUUAUCAUGCUUCUGUAAACCUAAAAUGUAAAUGCUUCAAAUCUGACCUUUCUUUGCUUUUUUAGUAAAGUGAAAUGCAAACGAAGCUGUAGUCAGAGACGGCCAUUACUUCUUUGCCUUUUUUACAUCCAGGGAGAUCUCAGUUGAACUUCUGCAAAUGAUUCCUGAAAACCACAUUUUAUUAGCCAAACUCUGUGCAUUUUACCCCGGAAGUGCUGCUGAAAUCACCCAGUUACACGAAAAGGUGAGUGAAAAAAAAAACAAUGACAGAUGAAAUAAGAAGAAGGCUCUGUGUCUGAUGUUGUUAAAGGGAUAUUCUGCCGUAAAUUUAACACCAUGUCUAACUCGGUGUUAUGGUGUGUUUGGCCAUAACUUAGAUUUUACGCCACAGUAUCCCUUUAACAUAAAGAUUACGUUGUGCUUUAUUUUCUUGUCAGUGCGGCCUGCCGUCACCAGAGGAGUGUAAGUCCUUGGCGGAAGAAGCGAAUCUGGAAGGAGAUUUAUUCUCAGCGGUUAAAUUCCACCUGCUGAGCUCUGAACCUGAAAACGCCCUGCAGAUAGGAAUAAAUGAUGUUAAAGGUAUUCACUACUCAGCAUCACAGUGUGUCUGAGGUUAACUGCUCAACAUAAACCUGCAGUUUUGAUACGACAACAUGACUUCAUCCACACAUCUGAGUUUUUUCUUUUGUUUUUACGAAUUUUUUUUUACAGCAAAGUGAUAAAGAUGAUCAGUUUGUGUGUUCCUCUCAGUUGCUGGUUGUUCUCGCUGAUGUAUUGUUCCAUAAAAAGGGACAAGACGACCACACAGGCCUUGACUUUUUUACCCUUUUUUAAGUGUCAGACAGAGAUUCAGAGACAAACGUUUGUCUAAGUUGGAUAUGAUGUAUUUUCUAAACCAGGAACAAUUUCAUGUCACUCUCUUUGAAUUCACCAGACUCCACCUGGAAAAAUAUCAGUAUUUAAACUUACAGAACAAAGGAGCUGAUGGUCUCCUCGUCUUCUUUUGUUUUGCUUUUAGUUUCCAGCUGCAGAGAUUAACUCUGCACUAAAUUUUCAACGAGUUGAGUCGGAGAGCAAAGUUUUAGGUUAAAAUAAAAUAAACUUUUAGGCUAAACUGCAAAAACUGUAAUCUUAGCUUAAAUUUUUUCUUUUUUUCUUGGAAAGAAAAGUCUUAUUAAACUUGAUUUAAGCUAAAGUCAAACAACAAUUUGUUAUUUUGAAGUAUUACAAAUAUAAGAUCUUAGGAAAGAGGAUAAGGGACACAAAAACGAAAAAGAAAAAAUUAUUACAGGAGGGAGAUUUUUUUAAUUUUCAUUUCAAGAUUAAAGUUGAAAUUUUAAAAAGUUGAAAUUUCGCCUUUAACCUCAAAAUUUUAAUUUUUAAUCUUGAAAUUUCUACAUUAUUCAUGACUUUUUGUAAUCUUGAAAUUUCGACUUUAAUUUCCUUCCUGUAAUUAUUUCCUUUUCUCUUCCUGUGGCCUUAAUCCUCUUUCGUAAAAUCUAAACUGCUCAACACGAGUUAAAAAAUUCUGUAAAUGGACUUUUUCCUGAAUUUAACCGUCUCUUUUAAAGUCUUGAAGGAAAUUUUCCCUCCACUCUGAGCCGAUGUCUUUAGAUCUUUAUUUUUGGUGUGUGAAAUUUUCUUGUCUGCCGAGUGAAUGUGGGGUUCACUGCCUAAUGGGACGUUUUUCUAGAAAUAAGACAAAAACACCUCCCAGCACUCAUUUGUGAAACGAUCUUCCCCACCAGAGCAGCUGACUGGUUCUGAUUGGACGGUGGACAGCGUUCUGCCGAUCCUGGACCUGAUGAGUUACAUCAGAACAGACCGCCUCAUCACGUCCAAGUUCACAGAGUGAGAAAAUACUUAAAUGUUUUCUAUUCUUCCAUCGAGACUUUGCCAAACUUUGUUGACGUGUGUGUAUUCUUGUGUUUGUCUGUCAGAACCCGCAGUGAGCUGCUGAUCCUGUGUGGUUAUGUUGGAGCUCUACUGGCCAUUAGGAGACAGUACUGCAGCAUCGUACCGGCUCUCUACGAGUACACCAGGUAGACACACAACCAGGCAAACGUGCAGGUUUUAUUAUUUAUACUCUUUUCUUCAGGCUGUCCGUAGUAUAUACAGUCUAUGGCUCAGACACAGUGAGAUUUUCUAUGUAGCAAAUCAAGCUCCGCCCCCAGACCAGACUUGGAAAGUAGAGAGGACAAUCAUGGAACAAGCGUGUGCGUUAGUGGAUUGCAAUGCUCGUAAGAAAGCUAAUUAUGACAUUAAUCGAGGUGAAGACACUCCAACUCCCUUGCAUACUACCUGUGAGCAGUUUGCUCAUUUACUCCAUUCUAGUAGCCUCCACAAUACUUAUAUUUAAUAUUUUAUCCCAGAUUAAGACGAGUAUCAUCACAUGAAACAACUUGUCCUUAAAUAUUUUCCUGUUCCUGUUAGAGAGCUCCUUUAUUUUUAGAAAGAGGCUCAGGGUCGAGUAGAUGAUUUGGUUGAAAUAUUCCUGUAAAGCGCAGCAGCGUUGUAUCACCAUCCCGAGGUUUAGAGGGUUAAACGGAUAAUGAAUCUGCAAAAACAUGAUGAGCAGAGCCGAAUAUAAUGGAGCGGUUAAAGGCAGAGAAUUGGGGUAUGCGGCAGUAAUUCACUCUGUGAUAAUUCGAUGUCAUGCCGCUCAUUCGGUGUUUCUUUUCUCAGAUAAUUGUCGUAAUGAGGCUGAGAUUGAAUCAGUCCGGCUCCUGUGAUUUUCUCUGUGUUUCUCAGUCAGCUGUUGAAGAGGAGGGAGGUGUGUGUCCCUCUGAAGAUCGAGCAGCUGUCUGUGGAGCUCGACGCCUGGAGGGCCUGCACACAGAGUAACAGCAAGUAGGUUACGCACACACACACACACACACACACACACACACACACACACACAGACACAUGCGAAAAGCACAGAGAAACAACAGAGUGAUGUAAGAUGUGGCGAAAAAUCAUCCUCGAAAUGUGAGGAAGGCUGACAUUCAUCUUCCUCCUCUUCUAUCGGCGGUUCAUAAGUCAGAUGGUGACGAGUGGGCUCGCUGAGGAGGUCUUAAACUCUCCGUGUUCUGAUCAUCGUGCCUCAGUGGCUAAGUAGAGCUAUAAGCUAGGGCCGUGAUGAGGCCAGUCACCGUGGCAACAGAGAGAGGAGAGCUGAGCUGAGAAACAUGGAGAGCAGCUGAAUCACCUCCAGGGAAACGGACACGUUGUCCUGAGAGAUGACGGACUGAGUGACAGGUCAGGAGACUGCAGAUAAAAACCCGUUUCUGGGAUUUCACGAACACACGAUGGACCGAGCGUCAGCCGUCCUUUCAGGUCUAUCUAUGAAGGGUCGGGGAUCAGACUUACACAGAAGAUCACAGAGGACCCCUCACACAUCUACACUACCUUCAGACUGGCCUUAUAGAGCCUGUAAACUGCAGAGGAGCAGAUUUAAUCACAAAGUCCCUCAAUCAAACAGCUACAAAAACAACCAGCUAACCCUGACCCUGAUGAAACUGUCAGAAUCUUGGUUUGUGUGUCGCUUACUUUGUGUUAAAUAAAGUUGAGCUGAGCUGAAUGUUACUUACAAACUAUCGCUCGACACGAUAAAGUAUAAAUAAAGUAAACCCUGUUUCAUAUUUAGAUAUUUAAAACGUGAUGACAUGAAACUUCAUUUCGAGCAGAAAAAGCUCAGAGUGUCAGGAUGUAGUUUGUCCAGCAGAGGGCAGUCAGACUCCAUGGUUACUGAAAGAUACUAAAUGUUUGCCACACAUGCAGCCAGGGGCACGCCCAGAGCGGCGGCUGGGGGUGGCACAGCCCCGCCUUUCGGCCACCCUUAAAAACCUAAACUGUCUCCUUGUUUUGUCAAAGAUGGUGAUUAUUAAAGUGGGAAAUAGGUCCUUUUAAAGUGACAUGUUUUCUUUAGUCUGUAUUUUAAACAAAAAAAGAAAAAACUUCACUCAUCUGUUUCCUGGGUGCAUCAAGUAGAUGCAUUCAUUCAUUCAUUAGAAAUUGUAAUUUUGGACGUACAUUGUUUUAGGUCCUUGAAAAGUAAGCUUUAAUAAAAAAAAUCACAUUUGUUGUCUUACUUUUUUAUUUUUAUUUUAUUUUAUUUUAUUCUCCCCUUUUUCCUUUAUCUAAAUUUUUCUUAAUUAUUACAUUUAUUUAAGUUCUUAAUAUUAACAUCUUUAUUUUUAUAACUGCAUUUUGCACGACCUUUGUCUGUGAUGCUGCUGUGGCAAAAAAAAUAAUAAUAAUAACACUCUUUGAACACUCUGCAAAAUAAUAAUAAAACACUCUUUGUCAGAAGUUAAAACUCAUUUUAAGUGUUUUCUUCUGAGCGAGGGAUGAUUUUCAAAAAUAAUAAAAUAUUUGAUGCGAUUCGGAUCAGAACAAAUUAAUUUAAAUCAAUGAUUGAAUUAUUAUUUUUUAAAAAGCACAUAUUUUCCUUUUUUUUCUUUUUCCUGUUUUCAUUGUGCAGAUGUCCUCGUCUUAGACAAAAACAAAAGUGCAGAGUUUCAUUUUUCGUUUUUAGUCCACUCUUGAUUUAAUUAAAUUUGUAAGUCGUCAGUCUGUGUCUGUGGAAACUCAUAUAACACUGAAACAGGAGUUUGGUGUGAAACUGAAAGAAAAAGACACACAGAUGCAGCUUUAUGACAAAAGUCCACCCUGAUUCGACAAACUAUCUUCUUACAGUCUUCAUACAUCCACACAACUUUCAGUGUCAGUGGUUGAGUCAUUCUUUUCCUUUUACAUGCUGGUUCUCCCUGAUCACCACAUUAAAGCGUCUCUGUGUCUUUGUUUUUGUCAGUCCUCCUUCAGAGAGUCAAAGAGAAGAGUUCAGCAGCCUGGAGAGGAGAGUCCAGCCCACAGACUCAGGUAAACAUAACAUUUCUCCACUUAAUAACGAAACUUAGGGACUUAGAAACUUAUUGCACUUCGAAUAGAUUCAUGUAAAUAAGUUCAUAUGUAUUUUUUCUUUUUCUUCUGAUGUUUUUUUUGGAAAAUUAAAAAUCUUAAAGAGCAUGAGAGGAAAACUUUACUCCAUAAAUAAUAGUCUUAUCAGUCGACAGAGAGUCUAACACAAACACAGAAAUCUGUUUAGUGUAAUUAUUAACCUCUGACAUGUUUUCUUUCUCCCUUUCGUAGAUGCUUUAGUUUUAUGCGGCGCUGAUUACGUGACGGGCUCUAAUCUGCCGAGUCACUCUGACGUACAGCUGUCCUGUUUCACCGGACACAGAAUACAGGUGUGUGUGUGUGUAUGUUUAUACUCAGAUCAGUUUACAGGAGUGGAGAUCUACUACUCAUAUUUACUCUUGUUCCUGUAAUUUUUUUAAACCAGUUCUUUUACUGAUUGGCUGCAGAAAACUCCAGUCUAACCCCAUGAAUUUGUCUCAUUUUAGUCUGAAUAUCUCAGUACAGGUCAGUUAAACUACAUUAACUUAACAGCUCCUAUUAUUGAUCUAAUUUUAGGAUAUAUCUUGUUUAAUCUCAACACCCAGACUAGAUGAGUAGAUGAAUCCAGAGGAGAGGGGCCUGAUCAGUGAAAGGUCUACCACCCAGACCACUUUUAGAGACUUUGGUUGUGGUUGGGACCAGAAUGUUCUGAACUAUGAGCUCUUUAAUUCAUCCUCACUUUUUUAAAAAGCAUACAUACCAACUUUUUUAAAGUGUUAACUCUUUUGUAAGUGUAGACAAUUACACAAUUAGUUAAUAAACGGACACAGAUCACAGCGAUUAAGAGGAAAACUGAAAUAUAAAGAUUAAAGUUUGUGAAAGAACGAGGAUGUUGAAAGAACAGAUGUUUGUGGAAACCAUUCAGGAGAAAGACACCAGACAACCUGUCAACUGGAAAAAAAGGUCAACAACCUGCUCUGACCAUUUUUUACAGCCAUAGAAACAGCAAAAAGAACAGCCAAACAACAGCCAGAAAACAGACAAGAUACAGAAAAAAACAGCCAGAAAACAGACAAAGUACAGUCAAACAACAACAGCCAGAAAUAAGCCAAAAUCAGACAAACAACAGCCAGAAAGCAGACAAGAUACAGUAGAACAACAGCCAGAAAAGAGACAAGAUAAAGUCAAACAGCCAAAAAAACAGCCAAAAACACAAACAACAGCCAGUAAGCAGCCAAAAUACAGAAAACAGCCAUAAAAACAAUCAGAAAACAGCCAAAAACAGCCUGACAAAAGCUAUUAAGCAGCCAAAAUACAGACAUCAACAGCCAGAAAACAGCUUUAAUACAGUCGAACAUCUUUCUGAAAGAAUGGUUUUUAUCUUUAAUCAGAUUGUAAAACAUGACACUGUGACUCUGAGCGUCUGUUUGAUGUCACGAUCAGCCUAAUGAAAAGCACAACACCCACUGUUUGGUCUGGGUCAGAGAUCCUGAAAUAUUUGGGAAAAUUAACCAAAAAUGUUUUUUUCUUUAAUGUUUAAAUAUUCUGGUUUCACUUUUGGAAAGCUGUCAUGACCCCUAUUUUUCUCCAUAUAUAUAUAUUAUGAUAUUUCCCUUUCCAACUCUAACCUUGGUAUUUUCUUGUCUUUUUUUUUGUACUUGCAGGGUCCUGUGUUUUUACUGGAGGACAGUAAAUCUGCAAUCUCUCUAAACGACGCUCUGAUGUGGGCCAAAGUCAACCCCUUCUCUCCUCUGGGAACGGGGAUCCGCAUCAACCCUUUUUAG